AUGGACCCGCGGCCAUACCAGAUGUCCCGCAUUGUCGCCCUUCCCAUCUUCCACGCUGGCGUCGGACCCCCGACGCACUUUGGCACUCUCAAAUCCGGCUUCACUACCUACAUAAUGCGCCGCUUCGAGCUUGAGACUUUCCUAACCGCCGUCGAGAAGUAUGGCAUCACCGAGUUCACCAUCGUCCCGCCCAUCGCCGUCGCCAUCCUCAAGUCGCCGCUGACGCGCACCCGGCCAUCUGCGUUGCGGCGCCCCUGGGCAAAGACGUGCAGGCACGGUUCAACACGCUUCUGGAGGACGGAGUCCCUUUCACACAAGCAGCAGGACGACACAGGAUCGGUGGGCAGGUUGAUUCCCAAUGUGGAAGCGAAAUUGAUUGAUGAAAAUGGAGCGAAUAUAUCUGCCUACGAAGUAUGCGGUGAACUCUGUGUGCGCGGUCCGACCGUCACGCCGGGCUACUACAAGAAUGAUGCUGCCAAUGCCGAGGCAUUCGAUGCAGAGGGUUGGUUCAAGACUGGUGAUAUUGCCUACUGCGACGGCCAAACCCAGAAGUGGUAUAUUGUUGAUCGAAAGAAGGAACUCAUCAAGGUUCGCGGCUUCCAGGGGGCACCGCCGGAGCUAGAGACCGUUCUUCUAGGCCAUCCGGGGAUUAUAGAUGCCGCCGUCAUUGGGGUUACAUUCCCCGAGAGCGACGGAGAGGCGCCCCGGGCGGAUGUCGUGCGACGACCAGGCGAGAAAGGGCAGGGUUUGACGGAGAAAGAGGUCCAACAGUAUCUGGAGGGCAGACUGGCAAAGUAUAAGGCACUGACGGGGGGCGUUCGGUUCGUGGACGCAUUUGCGAAGAACGCCAGUGGAAAGAUCUUGGAGCGGGAGUUGAGAGAACAGAGCCAGAGGGAAAUCGAGGCCGAAUUGGGACAAGUAUCGUAA